AUGUCCGAGGUUGUGAAUCCUGCACACUUUCACGCAUACGCUGGAGCCAAUGUGGACAUGAGCGAAGCCAACAAAAGAAGAGUCUGCCAGGAACGUAAUAUCAGCUUCGAUGGAUCUUUGAUGAAUCAGAUCCUCCUCCGCCGCGGCCGCGGCCAAAAGCAGUGUCAUAUCGCGAUACUCAAAGCGAGGGACUUGAACUCAGAAGACAAGGGUGGCGACCGGAAUUCUGAUCAAUCGGAGCCUGACUCUGCACGAGAUAACGGGGAACUGGACCCCAACAGAGGCAGCUACAACGUUGACCAUGAGAGAAAUUACCUCGGUGAUCUAGACAAUGGCGACGAUCAAGAUGAGGACGUCGAUUCAGGUGCUGGCAGUUUUCGCCAUGACGAUGAAGAGGAAGGCUCUGAUGCCGAUGGUUCACAAGAGGAUAGCGAUGCCAGCGCCGAUGAGUAUUCUCCGAUAGACGUCACCGACCGUUGGCUCCUGAGGGAUGACUGGGACCGGGAAGAAACAGCUGGUGGUCCAGGUGAAACCUCAAAAAACGAGGGCAAGGAACACGCUUCCGAGGAGGAUGAGGAAGAUCCCUCAGAAAAUGAUACGGAGAGCCAUGGAAUCACUCCCGCCGCCGCUCCUGUCCAAUGUUCCUGA